CUCUCGCUUGCCGUAGUGACGUUGUGAAGUACGCUGGUCUCGCCCACUGAUGCUUACAUAAUUAAUUUUGAACAGGAGGGAGACUCUGACUGUGCAAAGCGAAGUUACCCUGAGCUGUACCUGCAAUUUUUCCAGGAUGGGUGCCAUGUCGAAAGAAUUCGGCUUUGUGAUUCUCACCGGAGCUGCUAGCUUCGUCAUGGUCGGCCACCUGGCCUUCAAAGUCAUGCAGGCGCGCAAGACGUACAAGGUGGAGUACCCCCAGAUGUACAGUGACGAUCCUGACACCGGCAAGAUCUUUAACUGCAUCCAGCGUGCCCACCAGAACACUUUGGAGACGUAUCCCGCCUUUUUAUUCUUUCUGGCGAUAAGUGGACUACACAACCCUCGCCUCUCCAGCGGUCUGGGGAUGAUCUGGGUUUUAAGUCGGGAGGCCUACGCGUACGGGUACUCCACGGGAGACCCAAAGAAGAGGAAGUAUGGCGCUUUGGGGACCUUUGCUCUUAUUGGACUGGUUGGGUCAUCAGUCAAUGUUGCCGCAAUCCUUCUAGGUUGGGGAGGCAGGAAAUGUUGUUAAGCCCCCUACCCCACCCCAUUACCGUAAUGAGGGCUAAAAGGCUGAAAGUAAAAAACCUUUUGUUUAUUGUAAUAUCUUUUUGAAUUUGGAUUAAACAUGUUGAGUACAA